AUGGAUUGGGAGAAGGCUGCUGGCAUAUCACUGGCACUAGCAUCUGGAUUCUUUAUCGGGACGUCCCUUAUCUUUCAAAAGAAGGGAUUGAUAGAUACAAAAGCCAGAGAGAGGAGAUCUGAUUCUGGAAGCACCCACAAAUCAAAGGAACAUGCCUAUCUACAGAAUGCUACCUGGUGGAUUGGAAUGCUUUUGAUGGUUUUGGGUGAAUUGUCUAAUUUCUUGGCUUAUGCUUUCGUGCCAGCAAUUUUGGUUACACCUUUGGGUGCUCUUAGUGUCGUCGUGAGCGCCGUCCUAUCCAAUGUCUUUCUUAAAGAAAAACUCAACUUUUCUGGAAAAGUUGGUUGUGCACAAUGUGUCCUAGGUGCCAUCAUCAUAGUCUUGCAUGCCCCAGCAACAACAACAACCAGCACACUAGCUGAAUUUUUUACUCUGGUCUUUCAUCCGAUAUUCAUCGCUUAUGGUUCAAUUUGUUUUGUUGGACUGGUGGUAUUAAUACUUUAUGCUGGACCAAGGUGGGGUCAUCGACAACCGAUGGUGUAUAUAUCAGUUUGCUCUAUAGUUGGAUCGUUCUUGGUGCUUGCUGCUCAAGGGGUUGGAUCAUCGACAGUGUAUAGUGUAUCACACUGGCAAGAUGAUAAUCAACUCAAAAUAUGGGGAUUUUAUCCAUUACUCGUUUUCGUAGCGGUGACUGCUGUGAUGCAAGUCCAUUUCCUAAAUCGAGCAUUGGGCCAAUUUACAGCGGCGGUUGUGACACCCGUAUAUUAUGUCUCGUUCUCAACUGCAACCAUGGUUUCGUCAGCCAUCCUGUAUCAAGGAUUCCCAGUUGGAUCAGCGCUGAAUGCAAUCAGUAUUGUUGCAGGGUUCCUGACUAUAGUGCUUGGUGUCGCUUUGCUCUUCCAGUACUCUGUGAAAUUAAGACGCUUGGCAGUCAAGGGCGACGCCAGACACCAUCAUACUCCGAGCUUCGCUGCCGCCCAGGUACAAGCGACAUUGGAAUCUACUCAUGACAGACUAGACCUUUCAAUGUCCCUUUCGAGAGAUGCUUUGCUGCGACGUGCCAGUGAGAGGACUGUUGCUCCUACCAGUGCGGUUUCGGAGGCUCCGUCGUUGUGGCAGUCUGUUCUCAAGAGUGAACACACGCGCUCAAUCAGCACACAAGGAGCUCAAAACGGACAAGCAUCAAGUUCCCGUGUAAUUCCCGAAAACCAUGGUCUAAACAUAAUGCCCACGUGGCUCUACCAAAAAACCGAAGGUCCUCCUCCUGGUAAACCACUCGCCUCUGUAGCUGCUCCGGAAGAAGCACGGUCGAAAAAGACAUUUGGAUGGCUAUCUACUUCAUCACAUAAAGAAGUCUUACACACACGAUCCAUGGAUGAUGAAAAACAACAGCCUAUGGUGCAAAUAAAUCCAACUCCGGCAUGGUUUAGUGGACGAAACCAUAAAAAUGCUGUCGUCAAUGCUGUCUUUAAACAUUCGAAUGGUGAUGCUGCAAAGCAACGAUUGCAGGGGAAUGACAAUGAUAGUAUUCAAGUUGAAGACGAAGACGAAAUUGACGAGGAUGAUGAUUGA